GGUGACGGGGACGGUGGCAGGGUGGGGGCAGCCCUUUCCCAGGCGGUAGCGGGGACGGUGGUGCUGCUGCCCUUUUAAGCUGCGGCUUGACAGGAGCCGCACCUCCUGUCUGUGGAGUCGGUUACAAAUGGAGCAGCCCCCCAGGCCUCCACACAGCUCCCGCCAAGGCCUCCGUGCCCCUUGCCAUGUUCCGGCCGGCUCCCACAAGGGUCGAGGUGGCGGGGAGAGGCCGAGUCGCGAGAGCUCCGCCGGGCGGCCCCGCCAGGUGGUCGCGGCCAUGACAGCGGCUCCGGAGGAGGGCUCCCCUUCUGCGCCCCUCCCCGCGGAGAUGAGGGGAAGAUGUCUGUGUCAGGGUUCAAGGCCAAACUGAAGUUGCUGGCGUCUAUCUUCCACAAGAACCAGGAGCCCAGCCGUCGCUCAUGCUCCACUGCAACAUCACGAAUGGGACAACAGAGGAAGUGACUUCAGAUGAAGAGGAAGAGGAAAAAGAGGGGAUGGCUGAAGAUAUAGAAGACUUAGAUCACUAUGAGAUGAAAGAAGAGCCUAUUAGUGGGAAAAAGUUGGAGGAUGAAGGAAUUGAAAAAGAAAAUUUGGCAAUAUUAGAGAAAAUUAGGCAAGACCAUUUAAAUGCUGCAGUGUCUGGGUCAGUGCAAGCUUCAGAUAGACUUAUGAAAGAGCUCAGGGACAUAUACAGAUCACAGAAUUGUAAGACAGCUAAGGAGCUCUAAAACCCUACUCUUCUUAUUGUUCUUUUGCUCUUUUCUGUUGUCAGAUUAUAAGUGUCAUUUCUUAAAACUGGGCAAAAAUGGAAAUGUUUACUAGCUUUAUUUUGUAAAAUUCAAAGGCAAUCA